AUGGCUGACUUCCUACAAUUUGACUUUGAAUUGGACUCUUCCAACUUCAACCCUCAACAAGAAUUACAACUAUACUCUUGUUCUCUAGAUUCAACAACUGAUUCAUUACCAGACUUACAAGAAAUAAGCACUCCUCUAUUAUAUGAAUCCAAGAUACCUUCAUCAAGAAACAACUCAAUAAUAUCAAACAAUAACGAAGAUGUGGAUCAAUUCCAUCUAGAUUUAACUUCCUCAAACUAUAUCCCAAAGACAAUACCAGAAUUAAAUCAAUUUGAUCAAUCAAAACCAAAAACAAUAAUGUCUUCAUUACAAGAUUCAAAUGAAGUUCAAGAUAUAAUUAAAAAAGGUUCUAUCACUAUACAAAACAAUUAUAAAAGAUGGUUAUCAACUUCAACUCAUUGA